UCUGGAUUUGUGGGUGAUGUGAGAUUUGCCAGGAUUUUAACAGCAUUUACUGAAUAGCAACACGACCAUUUCGAUUUCUUCUCUGAUAUCGAAUAAGUGACCGAAUGAGGUGAAAAUAAGUAGUGAAGAUCUCAGUCCAGAAUGAGGUUGAACCGGGACACAAGGUACUGAUUCGUCUUCAGAACCACAGAAAGAUCCUUCCGGUUUUAUCUCCAUGAAGUUAGAGACGAAUAAAUUGCAAGGGUAAAAAUUAUGAAGGAUUAUUUUUUUUACUAGGAAUCUCUUUAACUUUAGUUGAUAUUACAAGAUGGUGUUCAGACCAGACUUUAUAAAACCUUUUUUUUUUUUUUUUAAAGUAAGUAAAUAAAUACAUUUAAAAACUGUAAAAAUGGAGUUGGGGUCCUUCAGAGAUUCAUUCAGGCAGAUCCUCGGGAAGCCCCGGACCGGUUGGUCACGUCAUCAGUUCCCAGUGUUAUGGACCAGCGUGGAAGAAGCGCAUCCUAUUACAGUAACUGAAAAAUCAAUAAACUUCAAUAAAAGUUGCGAACAUGGCGAAGCUGCUGUAUUUCCUGUCCCUCUGUGUUCUCCUGUCCUUCACAAUGCUGGUGCAGGGAGCCAGGCAGAGUCAGGACAUCAGGUGUGGAGCGUGCAGAGCGUUGGUGGAUGAGAUGGAAUGGGCCAUAGCACAGGUAGACCCCAAGAAAAUGAUCAAAACCGGUUCGUUCAGGAUCAACCCCGAUGGCAGCCAAUCGACUAAAGAUGUUCCGUUUGCGCGUUCAGAAGGCCAUCUCCUCGAGCUGAUGGAGGGGGUGUGUGAGAAGAUGAAGGAUUAUGGCGAAACCUUGGAUCCUGCGACGAAUCGUAAGAUGUACGUGAGGUUCACGGCACGCGAAGGCAUGUCCGAGGACAUAUCUAACGUCUCCUACGACUCGAGAGUCACAGCCGACUUAAAAUUUGCUUGUGAGACGAUCGUGGAGCAGAACGAGGAUGAAAUCAUUGAAUUCUUCUCUCAUGAGACGGACAACGUUAAAGACAAACUCUGCAGCAAGAGGACAGAUCUGUGUGACUAUGCGCUGAAGAUACCCCACGAUGAACUUUAACAUCAACAUCACACACCUUCAUAUUCUAACAUCACGUCAUGUGCAGCAGGAUUAGACUUGAAGUUUUAGCACGGAUUAAACGGAGGCAUUUCAGAUUUAAUUCGAACAGGCUUCAGAUGUACAUUUGAUGCAGAUUGUGUGUGUGUGUGUUCGACUUCGGCGCUGUAAACACACAGCUCACACUGAUGCCGGUCUAAUCAUGAUGCUUAAACUGCCUCAAAGGGAACAUGUGACCAUCCACACACAGUUUACUGCCUUGCGUGUGUGUGCAUGUAUCGUGAGCUGCGAAGAUUUUUUUUUAUUUUUAUUCCGUUAUUUAAAGUCACAUGUGUCUCUGUGCCUGUUUGUGACUUUUCUCCGUCUAGUGAUCCAAAUUUUUGUACAACAUAAUGCUCCUGUGUUUCCUGUCUGACCUUUUCGUCACUUGGUGUUUUUUUUUGAUAAACAUGUUUUCACAACAAGUGGUUUAUGAUUCUUUAGUGAUUUCACACGACACAAUAUCAUGAGUGAGUUGAAUUUCUGAAAGCUCCUGAAUCAUCAAAUAAAUAAACAAAUAAACGAUUCGAUAACGUUCUCCAAGUGUGACACAAACAUCCAAAAAAGUUUGUCGUUCCUGACAUGGAUGGGAAUAACAAAACCAUUGUUAUAUUUACUGUGUUUAUUAUAAUGGUCAGAUCUUUUUUGAAAUAUGUGCACUAGGGCUGGGGCGAUAUGAUGACAUGACGAUCAUCACGUUAUACACCAUGCCUGAUGGCUCCAGUGACGUGUGCUGUGCCUCACGAAAAUGUCUACAAGACGUGCUGUGAUACAUACGAUGCCUUCACCAUAUCACCCGUGUUCACAAUCAUGCUUAAAAUGAAAUUGGAACAAAAUCUUUUUCCUCCCAACAAAUUGCACUUUACAAUAAUUACAGCAUUCGACAGCAUAACAGUUUGGUGCAAUAAAUAAUCCAAGAUGGCACAUAAAAUUUCACUAGCAUUAAAACAGCUGUUCUCAAGUCUUACUAUUAGGAGAAUAAUAUCUAUUUCUAAAAAUGUUUAACGUUUAGGAUAACUACUAUUUUAACUAUAAUCAUAAUGCCUGAGAAGAGGUUUAGGAGAAUUAGAACCUCCUCCAGCUAAAAAUGUUCUCGCUCUCAGACACAGAACAGUUCCACGUAAAGACCUAAAAAAGCCGAUGUUUCACGUCUGAUGCACUUCAUGGAACAUGAGUUCUCUGGGGAUGCGAGUUUCAGGGCCAUAGAGUGUCCCGGCUCGGCUCUCGAACGCUGCCACCAUCUUCUUCACAACCUCGUCGAAGAACACGCUGGCGAGCUGGGAGUGCAGGACUGAGCGGAACUCGAACGAGAU